AAUUGGAUGUCCAACAACAAAUUGUUAGGAGAAAUCCCAAAUAGUCUUGAUGGUUGUAGUAGUUUGGAACGUUUGUACUUGGAGAGCAACAAAUUUGAAGGAACUAUUCCCCAAUCUUUGAUAAAUAUAAGAGGUUUAGAAAAAUUAGAUCUUUCUCACAAAAACUUGUCUGGUCAGAUUCCUGCAUUUUUUAGUGAACUUAGAUCUCUUAGGAAUCUCAAUCUUUCAUAUAAUAAAUUUGAUGGUCAGGUCACUAAAGAAGGAAUAUUCGCAAAUGCAAGUGCCAUUUCAGUUUACGGAAAUGAAAAGCUCUGUGACGGUAUCCCAGAACUAGUUUUACCUCUCUGCUCGAAACAUGUUUCUAGAAAUCAUUUUAGACCCAAAGUAGUAAUUGUAAUAACUAUUUCUGGAGCCGUGCUUUUUUUCUUCUAUCUAACUUCUUUUGUUCUUUAUUACAUCAUGAAAUCAUCAAAGAGACAACCCACUUCAUCUUCGAUUGAGCUACAAUUGGGUUUGUCUUACUUAGAGAUCUUAAAAUCAACCAAUAACUUUUCUGAAGAAAAUUUAAUUGGCUUUGGUAGUUUUGGUUCGGUAUACAAAGGUAUUCUUUCUAGUGAUGGACAAAUUGUUGCAAUAAAGGUAUUAAAAGUUGAUCAACGGGGAGCUUUAAAGAGUUUCGAUGACGAAUGCAAUGCUUUAAGAAGAAUACGACAUUGUAAUAUUCUUCGAGUCAUAACUGUUUGCUCAAGUAUUGAUUUUGAAGGAAAUGACUUCAAAUGUUUAGUUUUUGAGUUUAUGCCUAAUGGAAGUUUGGACAAAUGGUUACAUCCGACUGUUGACGAGCAACUUGCUGGAAUCAAGAAAAUGAACCUUAUUCAGAGACUGUCUAUAGCAAUUGAUGUUGCUUUUGCAUUUGAUUAUCUACAUCACUAUUGUCAGACAACAAUUGUUCAUUGUGAUUUAAAGCCAAGCAACAUACUAUUAGAUGAAGAUAUGACAGUCCAUGUCGGUGACUUCGGAUUGGCGAGGUUCCUUUUUGAAACAUCAAACAAUGCCUUCCAAAAUCAAACAAUGUCAGUUGGCCUACGAGGUUCUAUUGGGUACAUCCCUCCAGAGUAUAUGUGUGGUCAAGUUUCUAUGCUUGGAGACAUAUAUAGUUAUGGUAUAUUGCUGUUGGAGAUGUUUACUGGGAAAAGACCUACAGAUGAGAUGUUCAAAGAUGAUUUCAGCAUUUACAAGUUCGUUUUCAUAGCCUUUCCAAAUCAUGUCAUGGAUGUUGUUGACCCCUCGCUGCUCUUUGAAGAAGAAAAUGAAGAUGGUAUAGAAGAAUCCAUAAUCGACAUUGAGUCUGGAAUAAACAAUAAAAAAUUAUUGGAAGAAUGCUUGGUUUCAGUAUUGAGAGUUGGGCUCCUCUGCUCAAAGACAUCUCCAGAAGAGCGAAUGGCGAUGAACGAUGUCGUCAACAGUCUAAAAGCUAUGAGAAAUUCAUUUCUCAAGUCUAAGGAUACGAACAGGCAAAGGAGGAGAUAAAUAGAAUUAUAAUCCUCUCUUAAACCAUAAUCUCAUGCACUUUUAAACAUCUUAUCACAUGUUGAAAUUAGUAAUAGCUAUGUAUGAUUAAAUAAAAAAAA